UCUUCUGCUUGGCCUUGGGCGCUAAGAUGGACUGCACGUCAGCCCUGGUACGCGACCGCCCCUGAGCCGAGGGAGUGCUGGUUUGCACGAACGGCCGACUGCUCCAGAGAUGCGAUACCUGACACAACCUGACACACGCCACCCACACAGACAACAGUCAUCCGACCCCGCAGCCCUCUCUCCCCCCUUGUUCAGCGCCUACAUGGUUUCCGCUUGACGGCUUUCGUGGUUGGUUUGGUCAGCUCCUCCAGGCUACCGCCCAGCAACACCGACUCGGAGGGCGGCUCCGUCAUCUGGUAGUGUUUCUUGAAGAAGUCCUUGACGUUCUCGGGGAACACCAGACGCGGCCGAGCCCCGACGCCCUCCUGCGCCAGGCGGCUGCCGGGGUGAUCCUCCUUCAAGUUAAGCAAAUGCAGCACCUGCACACAGCAAGACGGAGGGAAGCAACGAUAGGGCGAGAAGAGAUGGUCAUCUGCUACGUUGUCUGCUGACCUGAUUCUGUGUAUGAUGAGUUUGGUGAGGCGGCGUUGCAGACGAACAUACGAGUAGCUCAGGAGGAACAGCCCUGCUGCCGUGACUCCAAUAGACACGACUGCAGCCAGCAGUGAGCUGACAGAACAAGGAGAGAAAACGAUGCACACGUGAAUGUCCAAGGGUGUUUGCUCAGACGCACCAGCGCUAUGACGCCCUCGACUGCUUCGCCGACGUAGACCACGCAUCCCCUCGUCUUGCCCAGCGCUGUCUCGGCCAUCUGCCACUCGAGCGGCUUCGGGUUGGCGCGGGCCAGCACGGCCCGGAUCUGCUUGGUGUAGCUGUCGGCUGUCUGCUGGUACGGCAGAAGAGCCGGCUUCUGGUCGUCGUGGCCUCCGUCGAACUGGCUCAUCUCCCAACAAUAGACGUCUUCGCCUCGCUGCUCAGACUGAAAAUGGACGAAACAACCAACCAAAUGAGGAACCCAUGGCCGUUUCGGUCGUCAUCCGGCUCACCUGUGGCAGUUUGGUGAGGGAUUUCUGUCGAGGAGCUCGGACGCGCGCGUCGUUCGGAAUCGGCAGCACAUCGACGGCCAGCAGGUUGCUCUUGAGGGCGGCAUCGAUCUCCUUGGCGAGAAUGUGACCGCUGGGCAGAGGCUGAAACACGGAGAAAAUGAAUCGUCUCGCCCUCCCUCCCUCCCUCCCUCCCUCUGUGUUGUGCCGUCUUUGCCUACAAUCAGCGCACUAUUGUCUUGUUCGUCUGUGAUGUCGUGUGUCUGCUCAGGAGGAAACUUGCUGCCAUGGCCGUACACCACACACUGCACACACCAGGUACUGUCCGUCGUCGCGGCAUUUGGCUGAACCACCACACAAGGCAUGGAUGGGUGUCUGAUUGCGUGCGUGCCCCCCCCCUCCCUCACAUGCCAAGCGAGUUUGCUCGCGUGCCGACUGCUGUUGGUCCAUGACGAUGAACCCUGUCCUCUUGUCCAUCCCCUGGAGAGGGACGGUGCCAUCGACAGGAGUGGCCAGUGCUGCCAUGACCUCCUCCCUCAGGUCGAGCGAAGGCGCGUAGAUGAUGAAGACGAGCGUCGAACCGAUCAGGUUCUCGCAGAGGAACGCGAACUUCUUCUCAGAGCCAGGGAAACGGAUGCGCGACUCACAUACAUCUUCCCUCCCACCCCACCUUGUCCAGUCGCUUAAGCGACGACGAGUUGGACGGGGCGGGGAGGACCAGAGGCUGGUUGGAAAGGUCUGUGUGCAACACUGCCGGCAGGUGGCCGACGGCACGCAUGAGAAGUGUGUGAAGACAGCCGUGCCAUUGCUCCGCUUCUCGAGCUCCUCCUCGUCGAAUAUCUUCUCUCUGAGGAGAUAUGGCGACGGAAGGUGAGUGGUGCCGAUGAGCUUGGCGGCUCCUCGGGCUGCAGCACGCUCACGCGACGCCUCGAACUGACGCUCCUGACGCUUGAAGUCAUCGAUCGUCGCCUGAUGGAUCUGGCACACCCAAGAAACAAACGGAGCCGUGGAGAGAAAUACCCAUCACCACACGGAAGCCCACAAUGCUUCUCAAUUCCUCCCCACCUCCAGAAUUUCGUCACCGCCUCACGAUGCGCUACGUCUCAGCCGACUCUUGGUCCGAUGCAGCCCCCUCGCCCGCUGCCCCUGCGACUGCACUGCGGGUGGUGAUCUCCAUCAGCUGGGCUCGAUCGGUCUCUGCCUGCCUCUCGGCCUCCGGGAGGUCGCACGCCUCGCUCUUAAAAUUCUCAACUGGUGGAUGCAUCACUACACAACCCAACCCACGAGUGAAUAAAUGAAGGAAUGAUGAUGGAUGAAUCGUCUGCUGCUCCUCUCUGCUCUCAUUUUGUGCGUACGUCCGGGCUCGAGUGUCCCCUCUUUGAGUUUUCGGCCGAUCUCUGUGGCGUGGCCACCUUCGAGGAUCGCCGUGAACAGCUGCUGGUACAGGAUGCCGAACGAUGCGAUGAGGUCGGCUGAGAAUGUGGCGGCCGCCGCUGGCUCGUCUUCACAUGCCUCCAUGGGCUGGUCGCUAGGCUGCUCUUCUACUUACACACCCAUGGCUUCAUCCUCUACCUCUUGGUACACAGGUGGUGGGUCUUGCUCCCGCUGGAGAUGCGGAUGGACACUCAACAAGUCACCGAGUGUCCAUCUGCAUCUCCUGACACACACAACAUGCGCUUGGAGACCAUCUUGGUUCCCGCCUUUUGUGUGCUGUGCGUGUGCGUACCCGUAUGUGCGCCUCUGUGUGUCGAAUGGCGAGCACACGACCGAUCUGCAGGAUGAUGCCGCCCUUGAUGUUCUGCACGCUGCUCACACCCUCUGCAAACGCCAUACGAACAAUCUGCACACAAACAACAUGAAUGUACCCAGAGCGCGGUCCUGCAGCUGCUCUCGAGCGGUGAGCUUUAUGUGCCUUUGAUGUGGAUGGCUUUGAGACGAACGCCUUUGAAAACAUGGCAAUGCUCACCAAUGUCCUGCUCGCCAGGCUCCGCCAAAUUUAGACAUACAAAACACAAGCAGACAAGACAGCAACUCGAGCCAGUCACUGCAGACACAAGUCUGCAUCAUGUGCAUAGAAAGGUAUACGCUGGUGGCAACAGAGACAUGUAGCGAAACAGAGACACGUUAAGCUUUCGUCUGCAUCCAUCAGACAAACCUCAUGUGUGAGUCAAUAACGCGCAAUACGACACAAUGAAAACCAGGGGGGGGAGGAAGACACAAUGCCAGUUCGCGCUGCUGCCGUUCUCUCG